UAACCAAGUGCGCCACACUUCUUUUUUUUUUUUCAGCCAUUCGUCAAGCUCCGGCUGUGGUCCGAAUCGGACGUGUCCCGCGGUUCACCCGGGGCCCGGCAUCGGAUCGCUAGUCCCGGAGCCCUGCAGAAGUUCCUGCACUCUUCUCUGUCCCCGAUGCCUAUGCCAUGCGAAGAGUCGCAGAUGUCGACGCCGGCGCGUCAGCUGGAGGACGUGAGGGCGGACUACUUCCCGUCGAUGGAUCGCACUGUGGAUGCUACUCCGCCACCCCUGACCCCGCCGCCCGUCGUGCGGAUCAGCGGGGAGCGCUUCAAGCCGCACCGGUCGGACGGCGACGAUCAACAGCUUCACGAAUUUUCGUCCGGUGUUCCUUUUCAAGCUGGAGCUAAAACACCGGUCGCCGGCAUCGCACCACCCGAGCAGCCACUCGGCCUCGGAAGCGACACUGCUGCUGCUGCGGUAACACAACAGCAACAGCCGGAGCCGCCGCUGCCAUCGCCGGCGGACAACGCGAGCCGUGAGGCCUCGUCCACUUCCGAUCCGACCCCCUCACCCGAGGUGUCGUCCAGCGCUUCGCAGGAGCCGUCUUUGCAACCCACGUCCCCACAGCUCCCGUUCACUGCGAACCGCGACGGCGGGGGCACCGGCUGCACUGGCGAGGCGUCAAUGCAGGUCGAUGACGGCGGCUCCCUUGUGCUGUCCUUAAUCGACGACGCCCAGUGCGACGUCGUCGCCGCGAUGUUCGCUUCGGUGCAGCGCUCGGCGCGGGAUCGUAUCAAGACGCCGUACCCCGGCAGCAGUGUGGUCCGGGUCAUGCAACCGCGAGCGGAGAUCUUGGCGAUCGAGUACAAACCUCCGCCGCCAGUGACGCAGCAGCUGCAGUUCCAGCCACGGGGUCCUGAACCGUGGUCUCCACGGUCACCUUAUCACACGGGAAUCAGGGCGUUGCCGCCGAACGCCAUGGACCUGAUCUCCCCGCCGGACGAGGAGGACACAUUCGCCGCCAUGACACCCCCCGGGGAGCACAGCCGCAGCCCCAUCGACUCGGCGUUGCAAGUGGAGGUGGUGUCGGAAGGAGGCGCACCGGGAGACAGCGCACUUCACGAUUCGCCCAUGCUUCCCGAGGCAUCGGCGCCUCCCCCCAUGCACAUGUCGGAACCGUACGCCGAGCACCUGGAGAUGCUCCGUAGCCGCGGCCAGCUAGAACCGGAAGCGGAAGACGACACUCCUCGUCGGAAGGACUCCUUCGACGAGCUGUCGCUGACCUCCGUGGACCCGACGCAGGAGGAGGGAGUCAGGCGUCGAGCGCCUGGUGCCAAACGCGAUCAAGAGGAUCGCCAUGAUUAAAUAGAGAUCCUAUAAGGCGCGAACGCGGAAUAUAUAUGUACAUAAAUAUAGGUAGUAGGGGCUUGUUUUACUUCCUUUGGGGGAUAAAAUGGGGGAGGGUGCCCUCAUAUUUCUACUUUGUUUAUUUCAUGUUAUUUAUAGAUACUACCGACCCGAGUAUCGUUUGUGAGCGUUGGGAUGCCUGCACUGCGGUUGUCACCCUGUGGGAAGUCCCGAACCCCUUUCAAACUAAUUGAUCAGUUUUUAGGGCCGGCUCCUAGUUUCCAGAAAAGGAAAUAAAUUGAUUUAAAUUGAAUACAAGCUCUUUGCAGGUGAU